CGAGAGGAGAGCGAGAACACGGCGCGUGCCGCCGUUCCUUAGCAACCGGGCUGUUUACAUUGCCUAGGAAACGCGGCCCGGGAGGCGGUCGCAGGAGGCUGUGUGGGAAGCCAGGGGAGCAGGCGCACACCCCACCGGCUCACCGCCCAGGGAGCCAGCCUCCAUCGCUCGGCCGGGCUGCGGUUUGACUUGUUGUGGUCUUCUCUUUUUAACUCGUGCGUUUUAAAGGCUCUCAGAGCUUCGUGGGGAUUCCCAGCCAUGGAUAUAGUGCAGCCCAACGACCUGGAGCAGUCCUUUUGCGUGGCCAGGAGGAGGCAUGCGGAGCUGUGCAGGCAGAACCAGAUCUUCAACGCCAGGAACAGGAUCCUGGGGGGAGAUACAAAAACCUGGGAUAUUCAGGUGUGUGACCGGAAGAUAAAAGAAGCAACUGAGAAAGCCAGGCACGAAACGUUUGCUGCUGAACUGAGGCGCAAUGACAAAAUGAUGUGCAUAUUAGAGAACCGGGAACGAAGGGGGCGGAGACAUCUCUGCAAAGCUCUCCGCGACUUCCAGCAGAGCUUCCAGAAGCCGGAGACCCGGCGGGAAUUCGACCUUUUGGACCCCCUCGCCCGCAGGAGAGAGUUCCCCGCCAGGCAGGGAGACAGCGAUGCGCGGAACACAGUGUCGGGGAUGCAGAGGUUCAUGGGAGAGGAUUUAAACUUCCAUGCGAGGCAGAGAUUCCAACAGGAACAAAACAGAGAAUGGUUCCUGCAGCAGCAGAGGGAGUGGGAGAAAGCCCGGGCCGACCAGAAACGCGCAGAGGACCUGUACACGGAGGCCUGGCUGCAGUCUGACCAGACGGCCCAGAACUUACAGCAUCGGGAACGCGCCACCAGGAGGGCGGUCUCCGCGGCUGUGAAACAAUUCAACAAGACCCAGAGGCUCCAGGAGGAAGAGCGCCAGCGAGACGCGGACUGGGACCGGCAGAGGGUGGAGAGGGCCCGCGCCGAGGUGCUGUGCGAGCGGCAGCAGCGGCGGCAGCAGCGUGACCUCUCCCUGGCCACCCUGACACGCAUCCGCCCACUGCGGACGCACUUCCUGCUGCUGCCGGUCCUGCGGUCCCUGCUUCCUGAGCAGCCACGGCCUGUUCUGGACGUGAGCAGCGGCGAGCACACUCCCUUCGGGGAAGCCGGUGCGGGCGUACCGGUGCCCGGGGCUGCCAUGACAGAGCCACAAGCUGGGGUUUAG